AUGGCUACUGAUCAGUUCAUGAGUGGCAAUACAGUGCUGACACUCUCAGACACUGUCUACAAGCUACUCCAUGAAGCUCGCACUGCUGCAAGCUAUCAAAGGAAUUACUCUUCAGUGGAGACUCGUGCACAGCUGACUGCAGAAUUUAAGAGGGUCUUCAAUAUAAAUGCACAUCCAUAUGACUGGCAGCUGGACGUAACUGAAGCAAUCUUGGUCAGACUGAAUGCUAUUGUCAUCGCCGGUACUGAGGCUGGAAAGAUGAUACCUUUUGCGAUGCCCCUGCUCCUAGACCAUAACAGUUCUAAGAUGAUUAUUAUAAUCUCACUGCUCAAUGAGCUCGAGGAAGAUCAGUGGCUGACAGUAGGGAAGAUCUAA